AUGGAUCAAAACCCUGAAUAAGAUAGAGAUUGGGAUGAUUUAAAAGGUGUAUUAGCUGAAGACAUCAUUAAUAAAUUCAAAGAAGUAGGUCCAAAGGUUUAUUCUCACCAAUAUGAAUUCAUAAAUUACUGUCUAGGACAGAAUGUCAAUUAACAAUCUCCUGUGAUUGCUCUAAGAAGUCAAACAGGCAGUGGAAAGACUCUGUGCUUCCAAUCUCUCAUUUAUUAGGAAUUCAAGGAAAAAAAUCAAAAAAUUAGUGAACAGAAAUAAAUCAAGUAGAAAGACAAUACAAUGAAGGAAGUUAGAAUGUUAUACCCAUACACAAUAGUUUUGGGAUAGACUAUAUACUUAAAAUAACAUGAGGAGUAUUUCAGAAAGCAUUUACCAGAGAGAUUGAAAAAUGAAAAUUUAAAAUUUUAAACUUUCUUUGCAUUUACAAAAGACAAUUAAUUUCAAUAAGUAAAAGAGAAUAGAAUUGAAGACGCUGAUUGCUAGGUGUAUCUAUGUCAUCCUAGCAAAAUGUUAGUGGGAUUGAAAAACCGUAUAAUAAAUGUGUCAAAUCUUCGAUAUUUGAUAAUUGAUGAGGCUGAUCAAUUAUUGGAGAAGAAUGAAUAAAAUUAAGCUAGAGUUGAGACCAUGCAAUUGAUCUAAUUCAUUCUUGGAUAAACCAAUAAUCAAAGUUAUUAAAUUGUUUUUGUGAGUGCUAGUUUGAAACCUGAAGAAAUUUAAAAUCUCAUUAAGGAAUGUGUUCAAAAUAAUAUUGAUGCAAGCAAGAAAGUUGAUUCUAGAUUCUUGCACAAAGAUGAGGAUGAUAUCUAAGAAGUUGUUUGUAACUUAAAAGUUAUCCCAUCAAUUCAAUAACAGAUUUCUCCUUAUACAAUUGUUCAUAUGUAUAAAGAGGCUCAAGAAUAACCUGAAUAGAUCUUAGUAGAUUUAUUAAAGGAUGUUUUUGAUAAAUUUACAGAGGCUUAGGUUAUGAUAUUCUUUAACAAAAAAACCAUUGUUAAUGAAUUGAUAAAUUUGUUUAAAAAGUCUUAGAAAUUGGAAUACAUAGUUAAAAAUAAUUGGAUUGGAGAAUGCACUGGAGACACCAAUUAAGUAGAUAGAGAAAUAGUGAGGAAAGAAUUUAAGGAUGGAAAAAAGAAGAUCUUACUCUGUACAGAUGUUUUAUAAAGAGGAAUGGAUUUUAGAAAAGUGAGAGUCAUUAUUCAUUAUGGAUUACCAAUUACACCAGCAGGAGAAUUUAAAGAAGAGAGCUAUUAUCAACGUUCUGGAAGAACAGGAAGAGCAAAGGAUGAAGGAGUGGUUGUCUCUUUGUUAUUGGAAGAAGAUCUUAAAUAGAAAAGACAAGAGAAAUUAGUGGAAAGUUUAGUGAUGAACAAUUCAAAAAUACAAAAAUACGAUUAGAAACAAUUCUGCACUGAUUUGGCUAAAUUAUUGAAUUUCAAUAAAGAGUGAUAAAACAAAUAAAAUAUUAAACAAUUAAAA